CUCUUGAGGAUGGUUGCUGCUUCUAUGGGGACUGUGAUGACGUCCCAGAUGCUGAGAUGGGUCGUCCUACUGGGGGUGCUACAGCUUAUACAAGCAGACUUCAUGAAUGAUUUUGCGGGAAUGGGUGAAAUGUGGCCAACAACAACAGCGUUCUCUAUGACAAAUGUGCCGGUCAUUACAGUUCAACCGAAUCCUGAUCAUCAGUCCACGAUCUGCAGCACAUGGGGAAAUUUCCACUUCAAGACCUUCGAUGGUCAAUUCUUCCAAGUGCCGGACACAUGCAACUACGUUCUGACGGUGAUGUGCGACGUGGCCACGUCUGAUUUUAACAUCCAAAUGCAAAGAGAGACUGUGAAUGGCUCAAUCACUUUUAGCACAGUCACAAUAAAGCUGGAGGGGACAAUCAUCAAAAUCACUAACGGCGACAUCACCAUGGGAGAAGAAAUUGUGUUUGUUCCGACUUAUAAGAAUGGAAUUAAAAUUGAGGGAAGUCCAACAAGUGUCAAGAUCUCAAACAAACAUGGAGUGACUGUCUUCUGGGAAGAAGACAACUCUUUAACUAUUGAACUUCCUGAGAAGUACAAAGGUCAGACGUGUGGACUCUGUGGAGACUUUAAUGGCAACAAGCAUGACGAUAUCACUGUUAGCGGUUCAGCCACAUGGAAAGUUUCAACACCAACUGAAACCUGUGAGGAUGUAACACUUCCACCCAUCGAUCAGUGUGACCAGACCAGUGUUUGCCAGCAGUAUCUCAGCAGUCCGGGGUUUAGUGACUGUUACAGUGUGAUGGACAUGAGUUCAUUUGAAGAAGCCUGUGUAAACGACCUGUGUCAGUGCUAUGGCAAUCACGACUGUCUCUGCAACACACUCACAGAGAUUUCACGACAGUGCACUCAUGCUGGAGGAAAACCGGAAACAUGGAGGACUGAACAGCUCUGUCCAAAGACAUGUCCUCUGAACAUGCAAUACAUGGAGUGUGGGAGUCCGUGCAAAAACACCUGCUCAGAUCCAGAUGGAAAUCUAAUGUGUAAAGAACACUGUGUGGACGGCUGUUUCUGCCCUUUUGGCACUGUGGAAGACGACAUCGGUCAGAGCGGCUGUGUUCCUGUGGACGAGUGCCCUUGUGUGCACGACGGCAUGGUAUAUCAAUCAGGAGAGUCUUACGAACAAGCUUGCAAAAAAUGUGUGUGUGAUGCAGGACGCUGGACUUGUACGUACCUGAAAUGUCCCGGAAUCUGCUCGGUUGUUGGAGGUUCUCACAUCACAACCUAUGAUGGAAAGACCUUCACCUUCAGCGGCAACUGUGACUACAUCUUCACUAAGCACUCUAAUGACAGUGACAUUGCAGUCUUGGGAAAUCUGGCUAAGUGUGAUCCGACCCGAUCAGACACAUGUCUAAAUUCAGUUACCCUUGUCGUCUCAGAGACCACUAUCAGUUUUUCCUCUGGUGGGUCUGUGACAGUGAAUGGAAUCAGUCCAUAUAUGCUCCCUUUCACCACAGGUCCUGUGAGAGUUUUCCAGCCCUCUUCCUCUUUCAUCAUUGCUGAUAUGAAGAGUCUCCGUCUAGAGAUCCAGUUGGCUCCAGUCAUGCAGUUGUAUAUUGUAGCCAGCACCGAAAAGAAAGGAAAGAUGACUGGUCUUUGUGGGAACUAUAACGACAUCCAAUCAGAUGACUUCAAAACAUCAGGCAUCAUAGAGGGCACACCAACAUCCUUUGUCAACUUUUGGAAACAAAAUUGCCCAGAUCUUGAAAUCACAUUUGACAACCCCUGCAGCUUGAAUAUAGACACAGAGCAACUUGCAAAAGACUGGUGUUCCCGUCUUACAAACCCAAAUGGCAGCUUUGCUGCAUGUCACUCCGAAAUAUGUCCUGAGAUGUACUACCAAUGGUGUGUCUAUGACACCUGCAAAUGUGCAGAUAUUAGGAAGUGUAUGUGUGCAGCCGUGUCCAACUAUGCCCACGCCUGUGCUGCCAGAGGAAUCAUUCUCCAGGACUGGAUGGAUUCUGAGCCCUGUGAUAUUAUUUCGAAGUGUUCAGGCAACAUGAAGUACUCCUACGGUGUGACCAGCUGUGGCAGCACCUGCCGCUCUCUCAGUGAACAAGACAACAUCUGCCAAGGAUCCUUCACACCUGUAGAUGGUUGCAUCUGUUCUGAGGGAACCUACCUCAGUGAAGGCGACAGUUGUGUACAUGCUGACCAGUGUCCUUGUUACUAUGGCAACCAGGUCAUAGAGCCAUCAGCAGUGUUCUACAAAGAUGGCGCUAAAUGCACCUGUAACCUUGGCAAACUGCACUGCUCCAGUAAAGAAGACUGUGUGGCUCCAAUGACAUUCUUCAAAUGCUCAAAUCAUGGAGAAAAAGGAACAGAGUGUCAAAUGACUUGUGAGAAGCAAGACCCAAACAACUGUGUGAGCAUGGGAUGUGUAUCAGGGUGUAUAUGUCCAGAUGGCCUUCUGGCUGAUGGAAAAGGUGGGUGUGUGGAGAGGAAAAAAUGUCCAUGUACUCACAAUGGAGUCAUCUAUUCUCCUGGCGAGCAAGUUCAACAGGACUGCAACACCUGCACAUGCACAAACGGUAUGUGGACUUGUACUGAAAAGGUGUGCUACGGCACCUGUACCAUCUAUGGUGAAGGCCAUUUCAGGACUUUUGAUGGCAAAAGAUAUUCCUUUCACGGAGACUGUGAACACACCAUAUCCCAUGAUUAUUGCGAUACGAACCCCAGUCCCUCCUUCCGCCUGGUCACAGAGAACAUCCCUUGUGCCACCACCAACUCCAUUUGCUCCAAGUCCAUCAAUCUGUUCUUUGGGAAAUAUGAGAUGAUUUUAUCGGAGGAGGAAGAUGUGAAGGUUGUUGAAAGCAACGGCAUUGAAUACAGAUAUAAAAUUACUUCUGCAGGCAUAUAUGUUGUCAUAGAGGUUGAAGGCCUUUUGAACUUAAUUUGGGAUAAAAAGACAAGUGUGAUGAUCCAACUGAAUCACAAAUUAAAGGGCAAAGUGUGUGGACUCUGUGGAAACUUUGAUGGUAAUGCGAACAAUGACUUUAUGAAGCACAAUGGAGAAGUGGUGACAGAUCCAGAUGAUUUUGGGAAUAGCUGGAAGGUGAAAUCCAGCUGCCCUGAUGUGGCAAACGUGAUGCAUCCCUGUGACGCAAACCCACAUCGACGUACCUGGGCUAUCAAACAAUGCAGAAUCAUCACAAGCCCUGUCUUUACAGACUGCCAUUCACUUGUGGAUUCUGGCCCAUACUAUGAUGCCUGUGUAAGGGACGCCUGCGCAUGUGACAGUGGGGGUGACUGUGAUUGUCUCUGUACUGCAGUGGCAGCUUAUGCUGCUGAAUGCCGUAAAAGAGGUGCUUGUGUGGCAUGGCGAAGACCAGACUUUUGCCCUUUGUUCUGUGACUACUACAAUGGUCCAGGAGAAUGUGAGUGGCACUAUAAACCCUGUGGCUCUACUUGCAUGAAAACCUGCAAAAACCUCCCAGGAACUUGCUCUGAUCAAAUUCCUCCUCUUGAGGGAUGUUUUCUUCAGUGCCCUUCAGAUAGGCCAUAUUUCAGGGAGGAGACUAUGAAUUGUGUCACAGAGGAACAAUGUAAAGACUGUUUAUAUAAUGGAACAGUAUUUCCACGGGGAUCAGUCAUUUACCAAACCACAGAUGGGAAUAGUGUAUGUUUCACAGCUCUGUGUGAUUCCAAUGGUGAAAUAAUAAGAAUUGUUACUGAAUGCAUUUCAACCUCAACACCCUUCAUUUUCACAACUACACCUGAAACUACUCAAACUACUUCAGAGACACCCACAACCACAUUCACUACUACCCCUACUAGAACAUCAACACCUACGUCAACAGAAACACCAUACACAGUGACAUCCACUACUACUCCAACUACAGGAACAUCGACACCUACGUCAACAGAAAAAUCCCCUACAACUGUUACAGUGACACCUACACCAACAGAAACACCAUCUACAAUCACAUUCACUACUCCUGAAACAUCAACACCUACGUCAACAGAAACAUCAUCUACAGUCACUUCCACUACUGCCUCAACUACUGGAACAUCAACACCUACAUCAACAGAAACAUCACCUUCAACUGUUACAGUAACGUCCGCAUCAACAGAAACACCAUCUACAAUUAGUACAACUACUGAAACAACAACACCAUCCGUUUGUACUGAUAAAUGCUCAUGGUCAGAUUGGAUUGAUGACAGCACACCCAGUACAGAGCCAGAAGGAUUUGAAACUGAAUCCAUUGAUGCAUUGUGGAAUUCAAAAAAGAUUGUCUGUCAGAGCCCUGAAGAUGUUGAAUGUAGGGCAGUAAAUUAUCCCAAAAAGUCACUGGAAGAUUUAGGACAGACAAUGUUUUGCAACACAUCAUUUGGGCUGUCAUGUUCAAAUGAAGACAAUGCAAAUGGCAUGCCACCACUUUGUUAUAAUUAUGAAAUACGUGUCAAAUGUUGUAAACCAGAUGACCAUUGUACUACUACAACAUCUCCAAGUACACUGACAUCUACUACUUCAACAGCCACUGUGACACCAACAGCUACAACUGUUACAGUAACGCCCAUAUGGACAGAAACAUCAUCCACAAUCACAUCCACUGAAACACCAACCACAGAAAAAUCAACACCUACCUCACCAGAAACAUCACCUACAACUGCUACAGUGCCUCCUACAUCAACAGAAAUACCAUCUACAAUCACAUUCACUACUCCUGAAACAUCAACAACUACGUCAACAGAAAUACCAUCUACAGUCACUUCCACUACUGCCUCAACUACUGGAACAUCAACACCUACAUCAACAGAAACAUCACCUUCAACUGUUACAGUAACGUCCGCAUCAACAGAAACACCAUCUACAAUUAGUACAACUACUGAAACAACAACACCAUCCGGUUGUACUGAUAAAUGCUCAUGGUCAGAUUGGAUUGAUGACAGCACACCCAGUACAGAGCCAGAAGGAUUUGAAACUGAAUCCAUUGAUGCUUUGUGGAAUUCAAAAAAGAUUGUCUGUCAGAGCCCUGAAGAUGUUGAAUGUAGGGCAGUAAAUUAUCCCAAAAAGUCACUAGAAGAUUUGGGACAGACACUGUUUUGCAACACAUCAUUUGGGCUGUCAUGUUCAAAUGAAGACAAUGCAAAUGGCAUGCCACCACUUUGUUAUAAUUAUGAAAUACGUGUCAAAUGUUGUAAACCAGAUGACCAUUGUACUACUACAACAUCUCCAAGUACACUGACAUCUACUACUUCAACAGCCACUGUGAAACCAACAGCUACAACUGUUACAGUAACGCCCAUAUGGACAGAAACAUCAUCCACAAUCACAUCCACUGAAACACCAACCACAGAAAAAUCAACACCUACCUCACCAGAAACAUCAUCCACAAUCACAUCCACUGAAACACCAACCACAGAAAAAUCAACACCUACCUCACCAGAAACAUUACCUACAACUGCUACAGUGCCUCCUACAUCAACAGAAAUACCAUCUACAAUCACAUUCACUACUCCUGAAACAUCAACACCAACGUCAACAGAAACACCAUCUACAGUCACUUCCACUACUGCCUCAACUACUGGAACAUCAACACCUACAUCAACAGAAACAUCACCUUCAACUGUUACAGUAACGUCCGCAUCAACAGAAACACCACCUACAAUUAGUACAACUACUGAAACAACAACACCAUCCAUUUGUACUGAUAAAUGCUCAUGGUCAGAUUGGAUUGAUGACAGCACACCCAGUACAGAGCCAGAAGGAUUUGAAACUGAAUCCAUUGAUGCUUUGUGGAAUUCAAAAAAGAUUGUCUGUCAGAGCCCUGAAGAUGUUGAAUGUAGGGCAGUAAAUUAUCCCAAAAAGUCACUGGAAGAUUUGGGACAGACACUGUUUUGCAACACAUCAUUUGGGCUGUCAUGUUCAAAUGAAGACAAUGCAAAUGGCAUGCCACCACUUUGUUAUAAUUAUGAAAUACGUGUCAAAUGUUGUAAACCAGAUGACCAUUGUACUACUACAACAUCUCCAAGUACACUGACAUCUACUACUUCAACAGCCACUGUGACACCAACAGCUACAACUGUUACAGUAACGCCCAUAUGGACAGAAACAUCAUCCACAAUCACAUCCACUGAAACACCAACCACAGAAAAAUCAACACCUACCUCACCAGAAACAUUACCUACAACUGCUACAGUGCCUCCUACAUCAACAGAAAUACCAUCUACAAUCACAUUCACUACUCCUGAAACAUCAACACCAACGCCAACAGAAACACCAUCUACAGUCACUUCCACUACUGCCUCAACUACUGGAACAUCAACACCUACAUCAACAGAAACAUCACCUUCAACUGUUACAGUAACGUCCGCAUCAACAGAAACACCAUCUACAAUUAGUACAACUACUGAAACAACAACACCAUCCAUUUGUACUGAUAAAUGCUCAUGGUCAGAUUGGAUUGAUGACAGCACACCCAGUACAGAGCCAGAAGGAUUUGAAACUGAAUCCAUUGAUGCAUUGUGGAAUUCAAAAAAGAUUGUCUGUCAGAGCCCUGAAGAUGUUGAAUGUAGGGCAGUAAAUUAUCCCAAAAAGUCACUGGAAGAUUUGGGACAGACACUGUUUUGCAACACAUCAUUUGGGCUGUCAUGUUCAAAUGAAGACAAUGCAAAUGGCAUGCCACCACUUUGUUAUAAUUAUGAAAUACGUGUCAAAUGUUGUAAACCAGAUGACCAUUGCACUACUACAACAUCACCAAGUACACUGACAUCUACUACUUCAACAGCCACUGUGACACCAACAGCUACAACUGUUACAGUAACGCCCAUAUGGACAGAAACAUCAACCACAAUCACAUCCACUGAAACACCAACUACAGAAAAAACAACACCUACCUCACCAGAAACAUCACCUACAACUGCUACAGUGCCUCCUACAUCAACAGAAAUACCAUCUACAAUCACAUUCACUACUCCUGAAACAUCAACACCUACGUCAACAGAAACACCAUCUACAGUCACUUCCACUACUGCCUCAACUACUGGAACAUCAACACCUACAUCAACAGAAACAUCCCCUACAACUGUUACAAUAACACCCACAUCAACAGAAACUCCAUCCACAAUCACAUCCAGUACCGCAUCGACUACUGGAACAUCAACACCUACACCAACAGAAACAUCACCUUCAACUGUUACAGUAACGUCAGCAUCAACAGAAACACCAUCUACAAUUAGUACAACUACUGAAACAACAACACCACUCAUUUGUGCUGAUAAAUGCUCAUGGUCAGAUUGGAUUGAUGACAGCACACCCAGUACAGAGCCAGAAGGAUUUGAAACUGAAUCCAUUGAUGCUUUGUGGAAUUCAAAAAAGAUUGUCUGUCAGAGCCCUGAAGAUGUUGAAUGUAGGGCAGUAAAUUAUCCCAAAAAGUCACUGGAAGAUUUGGGACAGACACUGUUUUGCAACACAUCAUUUGGGCUGUCAUGUUCAAAUGAAGACAAUGCAAAUGGCAUGCCACCACUUUGUUAUAAUUAUGAAAUACGUGUCAAAUGUUGUAAACCAGAUGACCAUUGUACUUCUACAACAUCACCAAGUACACUGACAUCUACUACUUCAACAGCCACUGUGACACCAACAGCUACAACUGUUACAGUAACGCCCAUAUGGACAGAAACAUCAUCCAUAAUCACAUCCACUGCAACACCAACUACAGAAAAAACAACACCUACCUCACCAGAAACAUCACCUACAACUGCUACAGUGCCUCCUACAUCAACAGAAAUACCAUCUACAAUCACAUUCACUACUCCUGAAACAUCAACACCUACGUCAACAGAAACACCAUCUACAGUCACUUCCACUACUGCCUCAACUACUGGAACAUCAACACCUACAUCAACAGAAACAUCCCCUACAACUGUUACAAUAACACCCACAUCAACAGAAACUCCAUCCACAAUCACGUCCAGUACCGCAUCGACUUCUGGAACAUCAACAACUACAUCAACAGAAACAUCACCUUCAACUGUUACAGUAACGUCAGCAUCAACAGAAACACCAUCUACAAUUAGUACAACUACUGAAACAACAACACCACUCAUUUGUGCUGAUAAAUGCUCAUGGUCAGAUUGGAUUGAUGACAGCACACCCAGUACAGAGCCAGAAGGAUUUGAAACUGAAUCCAUUGAUGCAUUGUGGAAUUCACAAAAGAUUGUCUGUCAGAGCCCUGAAGAUGUUGAAUGUAGGGCGGUAAAUUAUCCCAAAAAGUCACUGGAAGAUUUGGGACAGACACUGUUUUGCAACACGUCAUUUGGGCUGUCAUGUUCAAAUGAAGACAAUGCAAAUGGCAUGCCACCACUUUGUUAUAAUUAUGAAAUACGUGUCAAAUGUUGUAAACCAGAUGACCAUUGUACUACUACAACAUCUCCAAGUACACUGACAUCUACUACUUCAACAGCCACUGUGACACCAACAGCUACAACUGUUACAGUAACGCCCAUAUGGACAGAAACAUCAUCCACAAUCACAUCCACUGCAACACCAACUACAGAAAAAUCAACACCUACCUUACCAGAAACAUCACCUACAACUGCUACAGUGCCUCCUACAUCAACAGAAAUACCAUCUACAAUCACAUUCACUACUCCUGAAACAUCAACACCUACGUCAACGGAAACACCAUCUACAGUCACUUCCACUACUGCCUCAACUACUGGAACAUCAACACCUACAUCAACAGAAACAUCCCCUACAACUGUUACAAUAACACCCACAUCAACAGAAACUCCAUCCACAAUCACGUCCAGUACCGCAUCGACUACUGGAACAUCAACACCUACAUCAACAGAAACAUCACCUUCAACUGUUACAGUAACGUCAGCAUCAACAGAAACACCAUCUACAAUUAGUACAACUACUGAAACAACAACACCACUCAUUUGUACUGAUAAAUGCUCAUGGUCAGAUUGGAUUGAUGACAGCACACCCAGUGCAGAGCCAGAAGGAUUUGAAACUGAAUCCAUUGAUGCUUUGUGGAAUUCAAAAAAGAUUGUCUGUCAGAGCCCUGAAGAUGUUGAAUGUAGGGCAGUAAAUUAUCCCAAAAAGUCACUGGAAGAUUUGGGACAGACACUGUUUUGCAACACAUCAUUUGGGCUGUCAUGUUCAAAUGAAGACAAUGCAAAUGGCAUGCCACCACUUUGUUAUAAUUAUGAAAUACGUGUCAAAUGUUGUAAACCAGAUGACCAUUGCACUACUACAACAUCACCAAGUACACUGACAUCUACUACUUCAACAGCCACUGUGACACCAACAGCUACAACUGUUACAGUAACGCCCAUAUGGACAGAAACAUCAUCCAUAAUCACAUCCACUGCAACACCAACUACAGAAAAAACAACACCUACCUCACCAGAAACAUCACCUACAACUGCUACAGUGCCUCCUACAUCAACAGAAAUACCAUCUACAAUCACAUUCACUACUCCUGAAACAUCAACACCUAUGUCAACGGAAACACCAUCUACAGUCACUUCCACUACUGCCUCAACUACUGGAACAUCAACACCUACAUCAACAGAAACAUCACCUUCAACUGUUACAGUAACGUCUGCAUCAACAGAAACACCAUCUACAAUUAGUACAACUACUGAAACAACAACACCAUCCAUUUGUACUGAUAAAUGCUCAUGGUCAGAUUGGAUUGAUGACAGCACACCCAGUACAGAGCCAGAAGGAUUUGAAACUGAAUCCAUUGAUGCAUUGUGGAAUUCAAAAAGGAUUGUCUGUCAGAGCCCUGAAGAUGUUGAAUGUAGGGCAGUAAAUUAUCCCAAAAAGUCUCUGGAAGAUUUGGGACAGACACUGUUUUGCAACACAUCAUUUGGGCUGUCAUGUUCAAAUGAAGACAAUGCAAAUGGCAUGCCACCACUUUGUUAUAAUUAUGAAAUACGUGUCAAAUGUUGUAAACCAGAUGACCAUUGUACUACUACAACAUCUCCAAGUACACUGACAUCUACUACUUCAACAGCCACUGUGACACCAACAGCUACAACUGUUACAGUAACGCCCAUAUGGACAGAAACAUCAUCCACAAUCACAUCCACUGAAACACCAACUACAGAAAAAUCAACACCUACCUCACCAGAAACAUCACCUACAACUGCUACAGUGCCUCCUACAUCAACAGAGAUACCAUCUACAAUCACAUUCACUACUCCUGAAACAUCAACACCUACGUCAACAGAAACACCAUCUACUGUCACUUCCACUACUGCCUUAACUACUGGAACAUCAACACCUACAUCAACAGAAACAUCCCCUACAACUGUUACAAUAACACCCACAUCAACAGAAACUCCAUCCACAAUCACGUCCAGUACCGCAUCGACUUCUGGAACAUCAACACCUACAUCAACAGAAACAUCACCUUCAACUGUUACAGUAACGUCAGCAUCAACAGAAACACCAUCUACAAUUAGUACAACUACUGAAACAACAACACCACUCAUUUGUACUGAUAAAUGCUCAUGGUCAGAUUGGAUUGAUGACAGCACACCCAGUACAGAGCCAGAAGGAUUUGAAACUGAAUCCAUUGAUGCAUUGUGGAAUUCACAAAAGAUUGUCUGUCAGAGCCCUGAAGAUGUUGAAUGUAGGGCAGUAAAUUAUCCCAAAAAGUCACUGGAAGAUUUGGGACAGACACUGUUUUGCAACACGUCAUUUGGGCUGUCAUGUUCAAAUGAAGACAAUGCAAAUGGCAUGCAACCACUUUGUUAUAAUUAUGAAAUACGUGUCAAAUGUUGUAAACCAGAUGACCAUUGUAUUACUACAACAUCUCCAAGUACACUGACAUCUACUACUUCAACAGCCACUGUGACACCAACAGCUACAACUGUUACAGUAACGCCCAUAUGGACAGAAACAUCAUCCACAAUCACAUCCACUGCAACACCAACUACAGAAAAAUCAACACCUACCUUACCAGAAACAUCACCUACAACUGCUACAGUGCCUCCUACAUCAACAGAAAUACCAUCUACAAUCACAUUCACUACUCCUGAAACAUCAACACCUAUGUCAACAGAAACACCAUCUACAGUCACUUCCACUACUGCCUCAACUACUGGAACAUCAACACCUACAUCAACAGAAACAUCACCUUCAACUGUUACAGUAACGUCAGCAUCAACAGAAACACCAUCUACAAUUAGUACAACUACUGAAACAACAACACCACUCAUUUGUACUGAUAAAUGCUCAUGGUCAGAUUGGAUUGAUGACAGCACACCCAGUACAGAGCCAGAAGGAUUUGAAACUGAAUCCAUUGAUGCAUUGUGGAAUUCACAAAAGAUUGUCUGUCAGAGCCCUGAAGAUGUUGAAUGUAGGGCAGUAAAUUAUCCCAAAAAGUCACUGGAAAAUUUGGGACAGACACUGUUUUGCAACACGUCAUUUGGGCUGUCAUGUUCAAAUGAAGACAAUGCAAAUGGCAUGCAACCACUUUGUUAUAAUUAUGAAAUACGUGUCAAAUGUUGUAAACCAGAUGACCAUUGUACUACUACAACAUCUCCAAGUACACUGACAUCUACUACUUCAACAGCCACUGUGACACCAACAGCUACAACUGUUACAGUAACGCCCAUAUGGACAGAAACAUCAUCCACAAUCACAUCCACUGCAACACCAACUACAGAAAAAUCAACACCUACCUUACCAGAAACAUCACCUACAACUGCUACAGUGCCUCCUACAUCAACAGAAAUACCAUCUACAAUCACAUUCACUACUCCUGAAACAUCAACACCUACGUCAACAGAAACACCAUCUACAGUCACUUCCACUACUGCCUCAACUACUGGAACAUCAACACCUACAUCAACAGAAACAUCCCCUACAACUGUUACAAUAACACCCACAUCAACAGAAACUCCAUCCACAAUCACAUCCAGUACCGCAUCGACUACUGGAACAUCAACACCUACAUCAACAGAAACAUCACCUUCAACUGUUACAGUAACAUCGGCAUCAACAGAAACACCAUCUACAAUUAGUACAACUUCUGAAACAACAACACCACUCAUUUGUACUGAUAAAUGCUCAUGGUCAGAUUGGAUUGACGACAGCACACCCAGUACAGAGCCAAAAGGAUUUGAAACUGAAUCCAUUGAUGCUUUGUGGAAUUCAAAAAAGAUUGUCUGUCAGAGCCCUGAAGAUGUUGAAUGUAGGGCAGUCAAUUAUCCCAAAAAGUCUCUGGAAGAUUUGGGACAGACACUGUUUUGUAACAAAUCAUUUGGACUAUCAUGUUCUAAUGAAGAUAAUGAAAAUGGCACACCACCAGUUUGUCAUAAUUACGAAAUACGUGUCAAAUGUUGUAAACCAGAUGACCAUUGUACUACUACAACAUCUCCAAGUACAGUAACAUAUACUACUUCACCAACCACUGUAACACCAACAGCUACAACUGUUACAGUAACGCCCAUAUCAACAGAAACAUCAACAAUCACGUCCACUACUACCUCAACUACUGGAACAUUGACACCUACCUCACCAGAAACAUCACCUACAACUGUCACAGUGCCUCCUACAUCAACAGAAAUUAUUUACACAAGUACUUCCAGUGCUACACCAACUACUGGAAAAUCAGUGCCUACGUCAACAGAAACAUCACCUACAACUGUUACAAUAGCACCCACAUCAACAGAAACACCAUCCACAAUCACUUCCACUACUACCUCAACUACUGGAACAUCGACACCUACGUCAACAGAAACAUCACCAACAACUGUUACAGUGACGUCUACAUCAACAAAAACACUGUCCACAAUCACAUUCUCGUCUACCGUUACUACUGGUACAUCAAUAGAAACAGCAUCUACAACUGUUAUAACACCUACAUCAACAUAUACAAGCACUAUGAUCACACCAUCUACUUCAACAAUGACACCUACAUUAACAAAAAUAUCAUCCUCAAGUAGCACGACUACUGGCACAACACCCACAUCUACAAAGACAUCUACAAGGAUCUCCCCUACUACAACAAAGUUCAUUGUACAUACAGUGCCAGUUCACAGCACCACCUCAAAACCACCAGAACGACAAUGUGCAUGCAAAUAUUUAAAUGUAUCAUACCCAUCAAACUCAACAAUCUACAAUCGAACAGAUCAGGCAGGUUGGUGCUAUACUGCCUAUUGCAACUCCACUUGUAAUAUAGUGGUACAGUCUCGGCAAUGCAUACCACCAAAAGAACCAAAAGACUGUGUACAAUCUAAUAGAAAGCAUAAGGAGUCAUGGAUUGAAGACUGCAAAAACAAUACCUGCAUGAAUGGCAGUGUCACCUCAAAACCUCUACAGUGUGACAAAUAUGACAUGCCAACAUGUACUAAUGGAAUUAAACCUAAGAAGGUGUUUUAUAACAAUGGCUGCUGCUUUAAGUAUGAGUGUGAAUGUAAAUGCAGUGGCUGGGGUGACCCACAUUACCAAACAUUCGAUGGAACAUACUAUGCUUUCCAAGGAAACUGCACUUAUGUUUUGUUCCAAGAAAUCAUCCCGAAAUACAAUAUCAGUGUUCAUGUUAAAAACUAUUAUUGUGAUGUUAAAAAUGAUCUCGCCUGCCCUGAGUAUGUGAUUGUAAACUACAAAUCUUAUAAAAUCAAGCUGACAAGCAACACUAAAGAGGUCCAGGUCUAUGUUAAUGAUGAAAUAAAACAACUAACUUACAUAAAUAAUGACUUCUUCAUCACCACCUCUGGCAUGUCAGUAAUUGUGAACAUCACUGAAAUCCAAGUCGACAUUUCUGUAAAUCAUCAAGGCUUUCAGAUCAAUCUCCCAUUCUCCUACUUCCAUGGUAAUACGGAGGGACAGUGCGGGGUUUGUGACAACAACCGUGCAAACGACUGCAGACGUCCUGAUGGACAAAUCGACCCAUCGUGUGUGAAUAUGGCACAGCUUUGGAUGGUCCCCCCAGGAUGCAAAAAACCUCCACCUCCACCUGUACCUCCAGUUAUACCUACCUGCAUUCCAAAAAUAUGUGAUCUUAUCAAAAGCGAUAUGUUUAUAAAAUGCCAUGAAGUCAUUCCUUAUGAAAGUUAUUAUGAGGCAUGCAAAUAUGACGUAUGCCACAUGGCAAAUGGCUCUAUUGGUUGUAGCAGUCUGGAGGCAUACGCUCUGCUUUGUGGCAAAGAGGGUAUCUGUGUGGACUGGAGAGCAUCAAAUGAUCUCACGAAAAAGUGCGAAUACAAGUGCCCCAGUCACAAAGUCUAUAAGGCAUGCGGUCCAAAAGUUGAAAAAACCUGCAGUACAAGGUACAAUGAUAUUUUUGUGGAGAAAGACUGUCAAGGCAAUAAUUGUCAUCAAACAUUCAUGGAAGGCUGUUACUGUCCUGACGACAAAUAUCGAGUUAGUUCAACGAUAGAUACCUGUACAUCUUAUUGCGAUUGCAUCGGCCCUGAUGGAUUACCUAGACAACCUGGGGAUACAUGGAGCAUGAACUGUUUUGAUUACACAUGCUCCAAUGAGACCUUUGGUAUUAAAACCGUGCCUGUCGGGUGUCCGGCUGAAAUACGCUGUGGACCAGAACAAAAGACAAUCAUUGAAAACUGCUGCCCAACCUGCGUGUGUGAUCUCGAGCUGUGUCUUCAGAAGAAGUGUGAUGCGGGAUAUGAGUUGGCAGCAAACAAAUCUGCAGACAGUUGCUGUCCACCUUGUGUGCCCAAAGAUGUAUGUGUGUACAAUAACACUGAAUACCAGCCUGGAGUUCAAAUCCCCACAGAUCCUUGUAUCGAAUGUAACUGUCUAAUGGAUAAAGACCCAAAGACUCAACUACAUCUCGUCACGUGCGCUUCUAUAGCCUGUACAGACUGCCCUGACGGCUUUUUGCCUGUCAAACAAGACGGAGAAUGCUGUGAAACAUGCAAGCAAAACAGCUGUUUUUACAACACGCCAGACAACACCACACAUAUUCUCAAGAUUGGAGACACGUACGACUACAAGUGUGAGACUGUGACCUGCAAACAAACGAAUGACACCUUCGUGAUAGAGAAGACCAAACCGACCUGUCCUGAGAUCAAUGAAAACGAGUGUGUUCCUGGAACGCUGAGACUUGAUACAGAUGGAUGUUGCAAUACUUGUGAGCUCAAGAACUGCAUUCGUGUGAAAAACACCACAGAUGUGGCUGUAAACGACUGCAAGUCCGUCCAACCCAUAGAAGUGACGUCCUGCAGUGGCCACUGUGACACAGAAUCAAUGUAUUCAAUGGGCGCCAACAUCAUGAUGCACAGCUGUUCUUGCUGUCGGGAGAUGAAAACCAGCAAUAAAAAAGUGCAGCUGAAGUGUUCGGAUGGCCGCGUGAUCGAUCAUGAGUACGUCUACAUAGAGAGCUGUAAAUGCACUCCAGUUAUGUGUGAAAACCAGAAGACCAGUGGAUAAAAGAUCACCUUCAGUGUCUGCUAUACUGCUACAAUUCCAUAUAAAUGGCAAAAAAAACUAUUUUUUUUGGUGAAAGCUGCUUUUCCUUCUAUAACUAUUAUCUCUCAAGGUAUUUUGAGGGCAUUUUGAACGUUUAGUUUCUUCUUUAGCAAUGCAAAAUAAUAUUAUUUACAUUCCAAUCUUGUGAAAUGAAUGGUGACUAUAAUAAAGCAAAAUAAAUGGCAAAAUGAAA